CCCCGCCUCCGACCCGACCGUGGUUCCCUCGGCUUGGGGCUUCUCCUUCCCUCCUUCGCCGCUCGUCGGGCGGCCUAAGAAGAAACUUCACUGGAUUAAAGAAAAAAACCCAGUUGCUGCUGUACAGCAGCAGCUACCCAGCUGCUGUUGUGCCUGCAAUCUUCAGUUUAGUUCCAAAACUUGCUUGAACACUUGUCAAAUGACGUCAAUGGCCAGCCUGUUCUCUUUUACUAGCCCAGCUGUAAAGCGUCUUUUGGGCUGGAAACAAGGCGAUGAAGAGGAAAAAUGGGCAGAAAAAGCAGUUGAUGCUCUGGUUAAAAAACUGAAAAAGAAAAAAGGAGCCAUGGAGGAGCUGGAGAAAGCACUGAGUAGUCCUGGACAACCCAGUAAAUGCGUUACUAUUCCUCGUUCGUUAGAUGGGCGACUUCAAGUUUCUCACCGCAAGGGCCUUCCUCAUGUUAUUUACUGUCGUGUUUGGCGUUGGCCUGACCUGCAGAGUCAUCACGAGCUGAAGCCGUUGGACGUUUGCGAAUUUCCUUUUGGAUCUAAGCAGAAGGAAGUCUGCAUCAAUCCAUAUCAUUACAAAAGGGUAGAGAGCCCAGUUCUGCCUCCAGUAUUGGUGCCAAGGCAUAGCGAAUUCAACCCACAGCAUAGCCUUCUGGUUCAGUUCAGGAACCUGAGUCACAAUGAACCGCACAUGCCACACAAUGCUACUUUUCCAGAUUCGUUCCAGCAGCCUAACAGCACUCCAUUUCCCAUUUCUCCAAGUAGUCCGUAUCCACCUUCUCCAGGCAGCAGUACUUACCCAAAUUCGCCAGCCAGUUCCGGACCUUCUAGUCCAUUUCAGCUACCAGCAGAUACACCACCACCAGCAUAUAUGCCUCCUGAAGAUCAAAUGGGGCAAGAUAAUUCACAGUCUAUGGACACAAGCAAUAAUAUGAUCUCUCAGAUAAUGCCAAAUAUUUCCAAUAGAGAUGUUCAGCCUGUGGCCUAUGAAGAGCCCAAGCACUGGUGUUCAAUUGUGUAUUAUGAAUUAAACAAUCGAGUUGGGGAAGCAUUUCUUGCAUCUUCCACUAGUAUUUUAGUAGACGGAUUUACAGAUCCUUCUAAUAACAAGAACAGGUUCUGCUUAGGUUUGCUCUCCAAUGUCAAUCGCAACUCAACAAUUGAGAACACCAGGAGACACAUUGGAAAAGGUGUCCAUCUCUACUACGUUGGUGGUGAAGUCUAUGCCGAAUGCCUGAGUGACAGCAGCAUAUUUGUACAGAGUAGGAAUUGCAACUACCAUCAUGGAUUUCACCCUACAACUGUCUGCAAAAUUCCUAGCGGCUGCAGUCUGAAAAUUUUUAACAAUCAGGAAUUUGCUCAGCUUCUUGCUCAGUCGGUCAAUCAUGGAUUUGAGGCAGUAUACGAGCUCACCAAAAUGUGCACAAUUCGGAUGAGUUUUGUGAAGGGAUGGGGAGCAGAAUACCAUCGGCAAGACGUUACAAGCACUCCGUGCUGGAUAGAAAUCCAUCUUCAUGGGCCUCUGCAGUGGCUGGAUAAAGUACUCACCCAGAUGGGAUCCCCUCUUAAUCCCAUCUCUUCUGUUUCAUAGUGCCAAAGAAGUUUUUCCAACCAUAACUUUAGUGACCAUUUUCUAAUUCUACAGACACUUCCAGUGUGGAUACUGUAAGAACAUACUACACAUUAGCUUUCUUCUACCAGUGACCAAUUCCAUUGUUUUUUAUUGCUCUUCCUUUGAUUUUUUUGAUAUUAAGGAAACAGCCAAGUUGGGAAGAAAACUGAGAAUUCAGGAUUUUAUUUUUCCUUGAUACGCAUAUUUAAUAAUCACCAACUCCACUGAAAAUAUUUUUAUGUGUCUUCUAGGAACACAUUUUUGAACUGGUUCUUUUUUUCGGGGGAGGGGGGAUAACAUUUAUCUUUUUUCCUAAAUUUGUUUAUUUCCAGUUUACAAGUUUUUAAUGUUGUAUAAUGGAUAAUGUCCAUAAACAAAGCUAGCUUUAUUACACCCAA